AUGACAGAGCGAGGGGAUUUCGCUGUGGCUCUACACCGAGUCAUAGCCUGCAAGUACAUCGCUGUCAGAAACCUGCUCAAUGGAUUCAGCCAAAACGCAGCAACUCUUCUGAUAAAUAUGUUAUAGACGAAGACUAUCAUUUUUUAAGGACUACAAUGUGUGCACGAGGUAUCUAAUUCAUUUCGGUAUUGACCAUACUUCCAUUGCCACCGAACAAAGCCAACUGAAAGUAAGUGUGAAAGCUGUCUGAGAGCCAGACUAUGGUCUCUAAAGGUGCAGAGAGACACAGGCAGACCACCCCCACCAAGACCCCAGAGGGAAAUGUGGUGAUGAGCUUCAGCUUUGAGAGCUACCAGCUAGAGGAAGAGGACUGCCAAGGCAAAGACAUCUCAGACAAAGGGGUGCUGGCUCUGACUGAGACUGCUUUUGAAGAACCUGUUCCAGAUGACUGUUAUCAUGGGAUCUACUUUGCCAUGCUGCUGGCUGGUGUUGGCUUCCUGUUGCCUUACAAUAGCUUCAUCACAGAUGUUGACUACCUGCAUCAUAAAUUUGAAGGGACAUCCAUUGUGUUCGACAUGAGCCUGACCUACAUCCUUGUGGCUCUUGUGGCUGUGGUCUUGAAUAAUGUUGUGGUGGAGAUGCUCAGUCUGCACACCAGGAUCACCGUGGGUUACCUCUUUGCUCUUGGCCCUCUGCUUUUCAUCAGCAUUUUUGAUGUGUGGCUAGAGAUGUUUAAUACAGCCCAGGCAUAUGCCCUCAACCUGAUAUCCGUGGGCAUUGUGGCGUUUGGAUGCACAGUGCAGCAAUCCAGUUUCUAUGGCUACAUGGGGAUGCUUCCAAAACGGUACACACAAGGCGUAAUGACAGGAGAAAGCACAGCAGGAGUGAUCAUCUCCCUUAGCCGGAUCUUCACCAAGCUGCUGAUUAGUGAUGAGAGGAAGAACACCAUCAUCUUCUUCCUCAUCUCCAUCAGCAUGGAGUUGAUGUGUUUCAUUCUGCACGUGCUGGUGCGGAGGACACACUUCGUGCGUUAUUACACAGGAUUGGCCCGCCAGGGCCUCACCCACCCCAAAGAGAACACACAUCAUGGCAACCAGUACCAAGUCCACCAUGAUGUCAUAGCAGAGGAAGUAAGAUUUGGCAGUGGUGCAGAACCAGCGUCACCAGCUGAAGGUGGCGCCACAGAGGCAGUUUAUGCAGGCAGCAGCACAUAUGUGAGAUUUGAUGUGCCAAAGAUAAAGAUUAAAAGGAGCUGGCCAGGCAUCAGAGAUAUGAUCCUGCAUCGUUAUGUGGUUUCCCGGGUGAUUUGGACCUACAUGUUGUCCAUUGCAGUCACCUACUUCAUCACACUAUGCCUGUUUCCUGGCCUGGAGUCUGAGAUCCGUAACCCCACCCUGGGGGAGUGGCUCCCCAUCCUUAUUAUGGCCAUCUUCAACAUGUCUGACUUUGUGGGCAAAAUCUUGGCAGCUUUGCCUUAUGAGUGGAACGGUGUGCGCCUGUUGCUCUGCUCCUGCCUGCGUGUGGUCUUCAUCCCCCUGUUCAUCAUGUGUGUGUACCCGGCCCCGAUGCCAACGCUCACCCACCCAGCGUGGCCUUGCGUUUUUUCCCUCCUCAUGGGCAUCAGCAACGGCUACUUCGGCAGUGUACCCAUGAUUCAGGCUGCGGGCAGGGUGCCGCCUGAGCAGAGAGAGCUAACAGGAAACACAAUGACUGUGUCCUACAUGGCUGGACUGAUGUUGGGCUCUGUGGUUGCCUAUGCAGCUUGUGGCUUUAUUGCCCCAGGGCUGGGCCUCCAACCAGAGACUGGCUCAAACUUCACCCAGGGCUAUUAGUAUCCUGCCUCUGUGUGAUCCACCUUCACAAAUUCCACACAUCCCGCCCAUCCAUCUCAUUGGAUGCAGCUGUUACCCAUGUAGCAACUCUGCAGUCCCCAUGAACCAAAGCUGUGUCACUGGCUGACUGGAUCUGAGCUGCAAGGCUGAAGCUCUAUUAAAUGUAGUGAAGUGGGAGGAAAAUUAUUGCUGACACUGUAAAGAGUUGUAUGUAUGCUUCAUUGUGCUGCUUAUUCGUGUUAUAUGAAAGUGUUUGUUCCCCUUCGGAAGGGAAGCAUAUGCUGUCUGGUGAUAAAGCAGGCUGCUCUUAGGGUGCUGCCAGAUGGGGGUUACUCAGUGCUCCUCCUGUGAUGCUCUGAGGCAAGAAACCAUGACCUUAUGUACCUAGAUGCUGUGGAGUUGGAUUUGCUGGGAAAAUCCAGUGGCUUUAGGCCAUUUGCAUCUACCUUGUCCACAAAUCCUGUCUCACUGAUGAUCUAAUGGAUGCAGGUUAAAAGACAAAUCCAUAAUACACUGUUGUCCUUAAUUGUUCAUUAUGGAUGUUAUACCUUUUUGCUAAAGCAACCAGAAUGCAAACUUCAGUGAAUAAAGGUUUUUUUGUACAAUUA